AUGGAUGCAACGUCAGCUCUCAGGAUAAACAAGUUACGGGCUGGUUUCCUUAAAAGUUGUCCUGAAGAUGACCAAUUGAAGCGAAUGAUUAAACCAUAUGGCGAUGUUGCUACUAAUGAUACUUUGAGAAAGAUAUAUCAAGAUGAUGAUUGUAAUGAUUUGUUGGUUCAAUUAGAAUCUCCACCUAUAUUAGAAAGUUACUUGAGCGCAUUGACCCCGCGGGUACAGAAACCAUCAGAAACCAGUCAAGAUUCGCAGUCGCGAAGGACAGGUUCUUUUAAUGGACGAGAAAGUGGUUCUGGUAGUAAGGGUUUGGUGAUUAAGAAUAGCUUUAAGAGUCCUGGGCCUGUUGGUUCAAAAAUCGGUAAGAGUAUCGAGGAUAUUUCGAUGUCAUCUAUGGUGAGUGAAGGUAAACAAGGAGAGCCACGGACCGAAAAGAAGAGGGACUCGAAAAGUUUAAGGCGUUUACGUAGUAUAUUUAGGUUACAAAAUGGUAGGGAUUCCAACAAAACGCGGGAGAGGCAAUUAGUGGUCGGCCACGGGGUAGUUAAAUCUGCGCACCAUAAACGAUUUGGCCUGUAUGAUAAUAAUGAAUUUGGCUUUGAGGAUGUGAUAGACGAAGAUGAUGACGAGGAGGAUAAUGACGAGUUGGAUACGGAGGCAAAUAGGCGUUUUUUUCAUGGGAAUGAGAGUGAGCAUCAGGGCAUUGUGAAACCGAUCUUGUCCGGUAAUACGGACGACACCAAGGCGAAGCUGUUAAAGAAAGGAACAAUUCUAGAUAGUCUUUCGCUGAACCCCCAAAACCUGCUUCAUAUCAGUGAAGGUCGUACUCAUAGUUCUCAACGGGGCGAUAAUGUUUCAGUUGUAUCCAGUAAGCAUGGCACACGGCUAAGUGAUAAUGAUGACGAGCUAAUGAUAGAUUCUUUCAUAAACGGGAAUGAUUUAGACCCGCUGGUACUUACGGGAGAUGUGAAUGCGGAUUUGACUGAUGACUUAUCUCAGAAGCUGAGUCAUGAUUCGAGAAAUAAUAGAUCGAGUCAAAUUCUAAGUCAUGUUGACGAAAGUGUUGAAGACUCAAUAUGGGACGAGGAAUCUUCUUAUGGGUCCUCACUUCUAUACUCGGAUUCUAACGAUAGCCCGUUUCCAAACCGGGAGUCUGAUGUAUUUGGGGGUGUACCAACUGGCAAUAGUAACGUAUACUUGAAUAAUUCAAUUCCGAGCAGCCAUGGUUUUGGCCUUAUGAUCCAGAAAGGGGAGACAUCUUCAAUGUUCAAUACUAUGGGUGACUCCAAGAAAAUCACCCCAAAUAGCUACCAUCAGCAGGAAAGGCUAACAAUCUCAGACGCGUCUUUGACUCAGGAACCAAAAGAUUCAUCAACGCCUUCUGCUAGAAGGUGGUCAAGCGGCUCAACCAAUGCGAUAAAAGCAAACAAAGAAAGAGACUUAACAACUGCAUAUUCUGCUGCGGAAUCCCUAAAAUCCAGGACUGGUAAGUAUUAUCUACACAAGCAGAUAAGACACCAAUCACUAUACAUGGGCUAUUCAGGCUCACCAGGGACACUCACCAUUAACAAAUCACCUGUGCAAACAAUCAGGGCACAAGAAUCUCAGCUAUCUUCGAUGCUCAAAUCAUCUGGCUUUACUGAGAACACUAAUCCAUUGGAAUACUUUUCUAUUAUUUCCGGUUCGAACUUAGCGGGAUCAGCAGUUGUUCAAUUAGAAAUAUAUAUCCAGUUGUCUAAAACAUACAGGAAGAAACCGUUCACAAUUACUAUUAAGAAAUCUGCCACUGCUUUUGAGGUGUUGGGUUACGCACUGUACAGUUAUUCCAUACUAUUGAAACGAGAGGAUAUUUUAAAUGACGGCCUUGACAUGGAAGAGCUAAAAAACCCUAACUAUUUUACUCUGAAACUUGUUGACGAAGAUGGUGAGCCAUUUGAAGAUAAUUUUGGUGUUCUUGAAAGGACCCGAAUGAUUGGCACAUUAUCCGAUAAUGAGAUGGUUAUUUGCCAUGUGGAAAAUGAACGUCAGUUUAUGAUCAAUGAGGAAGUUACUCCAUUACCUACGGGGUUAGUAAAUAACCUUGAAUCUGUGACUAAUUCAGGAUUGAGUAAGAAAUCUAAUGAUAAACUUCCCAUGUUAACUAGUGCUACAAUCCCCACCUCUGAUAAGUUAGUUAAUGUUAAGGUUUACAUGUAUCCAAACAUUAGCCAUAAACAGAAUUACGCUAAUAUAAAAGUCUCUUUGGAAGCUAAAAUGAACGAUAUUUUGAUUCAAUAUUGCCAGAGGAAUACACUGAACCCUAAUGACUACACACUAAAGCAUGCGGGAAGGAAUAUGCUAUUAGAUCUUAAUGAAACAGUAACGAGCUUAGGUGGACAGCUCUUAUUGGAGGUAAUAAAGAAGAAAGACGCCAAAUUAAAUCAUUUUGAGAACCCAAUGCCGUAUGGAAAUAUUAUGCCGACAAAUGAAAGCAGUGAUUUAAUCACCCCAUUGACUUUGGAUGUUGGAGAUCAAUAUAUUCGAGUUGGCGAUGAUCCAAGCCCAAAUGAGGAUAUAUCACCUCAGAAGAAUAUUGGGACGAAACCAAGUAAUGUUAAAAAACACCACACCUUUAAGCUUGGAAUUAACAGACAACACUCAGGUAUUGGUAUGGCCCAUAGUAUCGGCGGUACAGGGUUUUUUAGGACCAAAAACAAUUCUAAGACCUCAAUAAACUAUAAUACGUCAUCAUCUAAUGCACUAGGAGCAGGCAGCAACUAUAAAGACUUGAUAGCUGGUACAUAUUACAAAGACUUACUAGCUGGCGCAUAUUACAAAUACAAGGUUUGGAGGAGGCAGCAGGUGUCAUUUAUCAAUAAACAUGAAAGAACACUAGCCAUUGACGGCGACUAUAUAUAUAUCAUCCCACCAGAUGAUGGUUAUCAUUGGAAUCAGGAAGUCGGGAAAACCAAAUCCUUUCACAUUAGUCAAGUUUCUCUUGUCAAGAGGUCUACACGUGUGUCAGAAUAUUUUAAGAUAUUUGUAAUGAAGGCAAAUGGAGAAAAGCGGUACUACUUUGAAGCUAUCUCCACAGAUGAAUGCAUCGAAAUUGUGACGAGACUGAACAACUUAGUAGCCGCGUACAAGAUGAACCAUAAAAUUAAGUAA